AUGGUACCCAGUGGUCAUUCAGAUUUCUACGACUUCCUGGGCGUGGGCCACAGCGCCACGCCUGAGGAUAUCAGGAGGGCCUACCGGCGACUUGCCCUCGUCCAUCACCCGGACAAAAACCCGGGAAGCGUGCGGGAGGCGACGGUCACGUUCCAGCGUCUCCAGGCCGCUGUGGAGACUCUGUGCGACGCGGAGGAAAAGGGCAGCAGCCACCACAAGGAACAAGAGAAUAAGAGGAGAUGGAAGCAAAAAGAGGAAAGGCGCAAGAGGUACCAGAGGAGGAAGCGACGGAAAGCAACAGUAUGCAGUUCUGAUGAAGAAGAGGAGGAAGAUUUACAUGACAAUGUUCCUGAAGAAGAAAGUAACGAAGAAAGUGAAUGCAUGGAAGACAGUUCGGAUGAAGAGGAAGGUGAGUAUGGAAACUACGAAUGUGACACGGAUUAUAAGACGGACACGGAAGGAGAGACUGAUUCCUGCAGCGACUACGAGUCCGAGGAAUCCUCAGAGCUGGAGACUACGUCUGAGGAAGAGUCUGAGCAGGAGUCUUUCCACGAGCAGGACUCGGAAUACGAACCAGAAUCCGAGGAGGCGAAUGAGUCAGACAUGGAGGACGAGAGCGACGCCUCUUCUGAGGAAGACAAUGAAGAACAAGAAGAGGAAGAGGAGAAACAUGAGGAGGAACACUCUGAAAGGGAAGAGACCAAUGAAGACGGACGGCGCCAACAGAGGAACGAAAAGAGGAAGAGACAGGAAGAGGAUGAAGGAUUUAGGCAACGUGAAAAGAAGAUGAGAGGAGACAGGGAAGACUCCGAACACGAAGAGAAUGAUGAAGAGCGUCACGAAGCAAGGCAUAACAAGAGAAAGAGAGUGGAGGAAGAUUUCUGGGCAUGGUUCCCGUCUGAUGCCUCUCUGCCAAUACUGCUUUUACGAGGUUUUCACAAUGAUGUUCAAACUUACGAGAACACAACACGUUUAGAAGCAGAGGCCGUGGUGUCGUCCCGGGAGCUCGGCAACACUGACACGACCACUAAGAAAUUCCGGGACCCUAUUGAGUUGAGUCACAUAGACACACGCGAUGCAGACUUAAUUAACUACACCUGUCCUCCGUCACUUGACCACAAAGUCUCGCGUGUCUCAGACCAGGAAACGGACAAAGAUGAAAGGCAUGGGCCAGACGCCAACUCCAUGGAACCUGGAACAUGGAACCUCUCGCACUGCACUUCCGCGCCUCACACACCUGACCCUCUUACUUCUACCCCUUAA